AAAAUGAAUUAUUAGGUGAACUUAAACUGCGCGUCAAAUCUAAAAUAGUGAUUUGUGUUCGAAAAGAUUAUAUAAGAAACCAAAGGUUGCAUUUCUUUUUGAGCUUUAUCUUCCAUCAUCAUCCUUUGUGUUUGUGUGCACUAGGAAUCUUAGAGUAUCAAACAUGGGCACUACCACCACUCCCAUGGAGCUGGAGCCGGAAUCCCUGGCCCCGCCUCACAUGUUCGCCCUGCCAGUCGACUCAGAGCACAAGGCCACGGAGUUCCGCAUCUUCUCGAUUGCAAAGCCCCACAUGAGGGCCUUCCACCUAUCGUGGAUCUCCUUCUUCUCUUGCUUCGUGUCCUCCUUUGCUGCCCCGCCCUUGCUCCCGAUCAUCCGGGACAACCUCAACCUCACCGCCACGGACAUUGGGAACGCCGGGAUUGCCUCCGUGUCGGGUGCGGUCUUUGCUCGGGUUGCAAUGGGGUGUGCCUGUGACCUCUUCGGGCCACGCCUGGCCUCAGCCUCCUUGAUCCUUCUCACUGCUCCAGCGGUCUACUUCACCUCUAUCGCUUCGUCCCCAAUCUCAUUCCUCCUGGUGCGGUUCUUCACGGGGUUUUCCCUGGCCACGUUCGUUUCGACCCAGUUCUGGAUGAGCUCCAUGUUCUCAGCAAAGGUGGUUGGGACCGCCAAUGGAAUUACUGGUGGUUGGGGCAACCUUGGAGGCGGGGCCACGCAGCUGAUCAUGCCCCUUGUCUUUGCUUUGAUCCGGGACAUAGGGGCAGUCAAGUUCACUGCGUGGAGAAUCGCAUUCUUCAUACCGGCCUUGUUCCAGACCCUGGCAGCAUUUGGAGUCAUACUCUUCGGGCAGGACAUGCCCGAUGGGAAUUUCCAGAAGCUCCAGAAGGAAGGGGACAAGCCCCAGGACGACUUCUCAAAGGUGUUCUACCACGGAGUUUCCAACUACAGGAGUUGGAUCCUUGCCCUCACCUAUGGCUACUGCUUUGGGGUGGAGCUCACGAUCGAUAACAUAAUAGCGGAGUACUUCUACGACCGGUUCAAUCUGAAGCUCCACACUGCAGGGAUUAUAGCUGCGAGCUUUGGGCUGGCAAACCUGUUUGCUAGGCCGUUGGGAGGGGUCUUCUCUGAUGCGGUGGCAAAGAGGUUUGGGAUGAGAGGUAGGCUAUGGACCCUCUGGACGGUGCAGACGAUCGGAGGAGUCCUGUGCGCGAUUCUCGGGCGGGUGGACUCAUUGGGUGCUUCCGUUGCAGUGAUGGUCGCAUUCUCGAUAUUCUGCCAGGCCGCUUGUGGGCUUACAUUCGGGGUCGUCCCCUUUGUCUCCAAAAGGUCGCUCGGGGUGAUAUCGGGAAUGACCGGAGGUGGAGGCAACGUGGGAGCAGUCAUAACUCAAUUAAUAUUCUUCAAAGGAUCGAGGUACUCUAAGGAGAUGGGAAUGACGCUAAUGGGCAUCAUGAUAAUCUGUUGCACUCUCCCGAUCUGCCUCAUCUACUUCCCGCAGUGGGGCGGGAUGUUCUGUGGCCCCACGUCGAAAAAGGGAUUCACCGAGGAAGACUACUACUUGUCAGAAUGGAGCUCCCAUGAGAAGGAGAGAGGGUUCCAUCAGGCAAGCCUGAAAUUCGCUUACAACAGCAGAAGUGAAAGGGGCAGGAGAUUCGUCGGUUCGACAACACCGGCAGAUUAUGGGAGCCCCUCUACGCAUGUGUGAUGUCUUUAGCCCGACAGACGGAGAGUUUCUUCAUUGCUAGUAAUAGUAUCAGAGCAAAGAAAAGGUACAUUGUAGGUAAAAUAAUAUGUAACAUUGGCUUCACACAACAGAUAAAAAUUGUGAAAGCCUUCCCUCUGUUUCGAAAGGAGAAUAACGCUGUAGCUGUCCUUGUCUGCCCUAGGUUUCGGUCGGGAUCAUAAUCGGGGCAGGAAAAGGAGGUGCCAUCUUCGGCCUUACUGGCCUUCUCCUUUCUCUGCUGUCAAAAACAGUAGCAAUUUGAUAAUUUAGUGUCAAGUUAAUAACAAACAGCAAAAAUUACAUCUCC